AGUCUGUGGAAAACGAACGAAUACACACGUGCAUUGAGCAAAUAUUUUUAAUGUACAUACAGUAAAAAGAGAGCAUCGAUUCUAAAAUGAAAAUAUACAUAAGCGUACUAAAAUCAAAUAUGCGUUUCCCAGGCGGACGGCAACUAUCGUUACAUUAAAUUUUUAUAUACAACGGGGGGAAACAACGGGGGAAAUCUUUUUAAAAUCGUAUUUCUUUCGUUGAUCCUUGAAAAAUGUCUCGUGACUCAUAAAAAUAUAUGAAGACGCAUCGGUAUAUAUCCGGCUUAUAUCGUUAUUCGAUUUCACCAACCAUCGUUCACGUUUUACGAGGCGACGACUGACAAAAAACACGCGCGUAUCCGCUUCCUUCACGCGAAUUACCGUUCCAAGAUAAACAGGGCACAGGCCAGUCAUUAUUCUCGUAAACGUUGUUACAAACGAGAACGAUCCAGAGAUCUCGAAAGAAUGGAAACGAAUUGAGAGAACAACAAAGACAGAGAGAGAGAGAGAGAGAAAAUAGUUAUUCUUCUGUAACGAAUUUUCCUCCUUCUUUCUUUGAAACGAAAAAUUAAAUUUCGAUUAGGGCUUUAUUAAAAUUUAUUAUCACAUGCGAUAGAUGACACAGGUGCUAAGCAAAAUGCUCGUCUAGGGAUUUUAAAUCGUCUACGUGCUUCCGCCUAGGUGAUUUUUCUCACCUAUCACUGCACUUCCCUCUCGGCUCCCUUUCUUGAACAUGUGAUAUCUUGACUAUGUGGAAAUCAAUUAUCGUUGAGGGAAACCAUUUAAUAUUCACGUAUUCUUGUGAAAUGUAAAUGGAACGAUGUAUAUUUCUUGGAUGAGAGAAACUUUGGAAAAAAUUUCUCUUCUCAAAACUUUUCCAAAUUUUAUUAUCAAAUUUAUUUUUACCACUCUGCCGUUCGGAUAGAAUAUUAUUUUUAAAUUUUAAACGGAUUACCUCUUUGCAAAUAAUAGUUUAAACAAUUUUUCAUUAAAUAUUUAAAUCCAUUAAAAAAAACAUUUAUAUUUUUUAAGAUGAUCCAAAAGACUGGAACACGAUGAAAUUUUCGAAAUUUCUUUGAGAGAAAUGAUUGAUUUCUCAGUUGAUGGAUCAGAUCCAUCAUUCGUUCGAAAUUUAAACACGUGUUCGGUCAGUUUGCUUUCGAGAGAGGAUUCUCGAACGAGGGAAGAGGAAUUACGUGACAUCCGCAUCGUCUAUUCGAAAAUUGAUUUUGUUGCGCGUAACUUACUACGUUGCACUUGUUCGAGGGCGGUUAGAUUCGUCGAAACGUUUUCGUAUUUAAUGGAAGAGCUACACGUUCGCCUACGAGUUCCACGAUAGAUUCUUAUUUGCCAGUGAAUUCUCAAGAGUAGUUGGCAAUUAAAAGUUUCCCUGCUGCACCCUUCAUCGUGGUUUCACCUCGAUGCUUCUUGCCCCGAGCAUCGUGGAAACGACGACGUAACAAAGAGAUUUAUUGAAAAUAUUAACGAAAUUCGAGACCACGAGAAUACAACAAAUUUCUAUCACUCGUUAAAAAAAAAUCUUAUUACAUAUAUGCACGAUCUUUCGAUGAAUCAUUGCUUGAUUUAUCUUGUGAUUCACCUUAGAUACGUCACGGAGCAUCUUAUGUUACGUCACAUGUACUAAAUACCGAUAUUUAUGGAGGAGCGGAGGAGAGGAGGAAACAUUGUGCCAGCCUACGUUCUACGCUGUUUGAAUAAGAAUCAGCGGAGGGUGUUCUUCUCAGCUUCUGUUUACGCUCGCGAAUUCUACAUACGUUGCACCUCUCUUCUUCGAAAUUCUUCCAAAGAUAUCUCGUGAAAAUGGAUUGAUAGGGAACAUCGAAAAUUCGACCAUCGUUCCCGUGUCCGCGAUAUUUUGAAUUUUAACGCGAGCAACCAGGUCACGAAGGAUGGAAGAAGGGAAGGAGAAAAAAGGGGGAAAAGUAGUUGACAAAAGAAGGAAAUAGGAAGGAUGAGAUAAGAAAGGAAGGGACAUUCGAAAAGUUUUCGAAUCAGAUACGAUCUUUGCCGAUUUUUAACCUGGUUUUCUAUUAAAAGUCAGAGGGCUGCUGUUUCUCCUCUGCCACUCAUCGGUGAGAUUAUAUUAUAACCGAAUAGGAUAACUUUCGAUGAAAAAAAUUGCAUCUCCGUGUUAAUAUAAACGGAUUCUGGAUAAAUAGAUAUUUUAAUCAAAAUUCAAUUCUGAUCCACGAUUUUCUACGAGGAAUAGAAUCUUGAAAAUGAAUACUUUAAUAAAAGGAUUUACGUUCAAGAAUCACGUUUCAAAAUCUGACUCUAUCAGCAUUUCUUUUUAAUUGAUAAAAAAAGAUAUAAAAUAUUCGAGUAACGCUUUUGGAAAACUUCCUCUCUUUAAAAUUCCCAGAAUCUCCCGAAUCGCAGCAUUCUUGAUGUGCAAUCGUAAUAUUUCCAAGAAUAUUCCAAUCUCGAUAAAUCUUCCGCCCAAUCCAAUCGAAUAUUUUCGAGUUCUCUACACACUAGUCCGACCAUUAUCCAAACGCAAUAAAAUCCUAUUUUGUUACAACUCGAUUUCCCGAGUUUAAAUCCGUGGAUCGAAUAUUUGACAUUUACUUACUUGAUGUAUACCUGAUGAUCCUGUAUAAACGGACCAGUUUAUCCAUUAAACGACACUCAGGUUGCACGAUGGGAUUGAAAAAUGGGCGAUACGUGGUCCGAAUUAUAUAUGGUGGAAUUGUUACACCUAACAGGUAUCCCUGCAAAAUUGGGAGACCACGUUAAGGGAUGUCGUAAAGAGGAUACAUCCACUCCUCAUCCGAGGAGACAAAGGAUACGAAGAAAUAUAAUCGCCGUUAAUCGUCAUCCCGGCCUAGAUAUCGACGAGGCCUUUGAUAAAUGGAAGAAACCGAUCGAAUAUCCUUCCGUGGUUUUAUUGCCACGAAAUGAAACGCGACGAUGAGGAAUCCCUUCUAUUCGAUCGCAUUGUUGUGGCCAUUUCCAAGUCGAUCCUCUUUUAUUUCUUCAUUAGAACACGUUUGAAUCGGCGUGGAAACGACGAGCAGCCGAUAUUUCAGGGGACGAUGAUUGCAGGAUUGCUUACACAGGAGAAUGUUCCAUUCAUCUUUGUUUCGACGAUUUUUUCUUCUUUUCGAAAUCGAUUCGAGAAAUUUGGAAUAAAAUAUAAUUCGCGAAUGCUAUCAACACUUUGGAAUCGAACGUAUUUGUUAAGUUUCGAGGUUACACGCAGUAGUUAUAAUUAUUCGAUUAAUAUAUUAUUCAUCGUAUGCGUUGUUAGUAGUUGCUUUUAACAUUGAUUCUCAAUUUCACGAAGCGGAACGUAAUUAUCGAAUGAAACUCCGAAUGAAUCGGUCCGAAAUGUUUCCAACGUUUCUUCGACAAAAUGUUACUUGAACCGUAAAGAAGUUAAAUUGAUCAAUAUUUCGGAUUAACGGAUUUGACAUUUGAAAAUUGAAUUACGCGUACGUAAAAUGCACGGUUCAAAUGCACGUGAAUUUGAAAUCGCAACGGCGACGGCGCCAACCAUUCGAACCAGCCACCCAUUUCCAUAAAUUUUGAAACGAGAAUGUGGAAUCGGAAUCGAGGGCCCCUCCUCGCGCGUAAAUUGUAAAUACAUAUCCACGAAAUCCCUUCCUCCCUCACCCUUUCUCUCUCUCUCUCUCUCUAUCUAAUCGUCGGCGCGCUAGUUUCUCCGGAGAUUAUGUGUGUAUCGGAGAUUCGUGGAACAGAAUUCGCGAUAGGUUCGCGCGAGGAGCAUUCAAUUUCACUCGAGUAUCUCCAAUCAGAUUCUCGAGAGUCAACAUUCCGUUCCACCAAACCCACUCGAUGGACCACAGGAACAAGGCUAAUUCGAUUUCGGCGUAACGCGGCUUACCGUCGACCUCGCCAUACGUGUGCCUCAACGUGUUACCAUAUAUCAUCGGGUAACAGAACGAAUUGAAACUGAAUUGACAAAUUGCCAGCAAAGAAAAUCCGAUAUACGCGUUAGAUUGCGUUAUAUAGUUUGAUGAUUUUACGAUCAACGGUUAUAAUUUCAGAGAUCUAAGCUCUCCUCUAAUUUUUCAUUUCGUUCCACGUCAUGUCCAAUGCUUUUAUACUUCGUUAAACUCUUUAAAAAUAUUUUUAAUUCCUCGAACAAACAUUUUUUCUUUUACUCAGAAUGUUCGAGAUAAAUUACAUUUCUUUCUUUCAAUUUAAUCGAAAAGCAAUCUUUCGUUGUAAAAUCGAUGAAUCGUUUUCCACGCGUAGGCGUAGGAUUUAAGUAAGGCGAAAGAAAGAAAGAAAGAAAGAAAAAGGGAUCGUUUAAUUUUGGCAAAGACGGAGCCUUACCUUCGAUCCUCGUUCCGCGACGCAACGCACCAACGUUUGGGAGACGAGGAUUUAUCGAACGUAGGUGUGUUGGCCGGUCGUGUUGUUCGUUUAUUAUGCUAGCUGGUUUGCCUGGCUUAUAUUGUGCCGGGCAGCGUUGUAAAUGCGCGGCUGGCUCUGUUCUUCCAUCCACCGCCCGUUACAGUUUCCUUCCUCCAGCCUCCUCAGUUCCCAUUUUCUCAACCGCUCACAACACGCGUAGGUGAGCCCGUGUACGCUGUUCGAUCCCCAAUCGCGAGUUUCGGCGCGGAUGCAAGCCUCGAAAAAUUACCGUGCGCGAGAUGCCCGUAGUUUCGGCCGACAGUGAGCUCGGUUAACUCUUUCGAUCGAUCAUUCGCCGAAAGCCGCUCACCUUUAUCUUUACUUCCGCUCUCUUCGAAACGAACGCGACUCGAGUGUAAUUCGUGUGAAUUCGUGUAAAAAAAAAAAAAAAAAAAGAAAAGAAAAGAACGAAUGCCUCUUGCUUGGUGCGAUCAAGUUGGAGAUAAGCGAGAUCACGAGAUGACCGUAUCCGAGAGUGGAUCCACAACGGAGAUAGUCUCCAUAAACUCGGCCAGAAGUUCCAAGGAGGAAAGACGUCGGACCGGAAGAUACGUCGCGGGUGGAGCUGUGCUGGCGAUCAUGCUUCUGGCCGUGCAUCAAGCGCUCCUCAGGGACGCGUCCACCAUAGCCGGUGUCUGCAUACCGGCCAUAAUAAUGAUCUCUUAUAUUGUAUGGAUCUUGUAUUCCGCCCAUCGGGACAGACGAAAGGCGUUGAGAUUCGCGGCAGCGAUGCAGCUGACAGAAGUAAUCAGCGUGCCACCCAGGUCGAACGGAGAGAUCUGCAGAAACGGGACGAGCAAGGACGAGACACGAAAGUCAAACGGUUCGAAAUCAGUCUACAAUGUUCGAGAAUCGUCGUCCCGCGAAAAUCCUGCCUUCUCCUCCAAGGACGAAGCUGCGUGAGAGGAAUUGCGUUCAACUUUAUCAACGUUGAAACCAAAACUGCUCGAUUCUGGUUUUUUUUAUAUCACGACGAACUUUCCCAGAGAAAUACCAGUAUUCUUUUUCCUUAUCCGGUUGCGUUCUGAAACAGUAAUAUUUUAGAUCGUACGAUACAACCGAUUUUUUUCGUUCUCUUUCUAUUCUUCAAAAUCUUCGAAAAUCGACAAACGAUACGAAAAAUCGAAGAGGAUUUGAGUAAGCGGAUAAUCGAUUGAAAUAUCUAAACGUGUCAUGGAAGGAUGAUGAAAAUCCGAAACGAUUGUGCAUACAAAUUGAGAACAAAUUUGUAUUGUAAUUGUUAUCGUUCAAAGCGAACGAUUUUCAUUCAAAUGUACGUACAACGAUUCGACAAUUACAAUUUUAAAAUUAAUAAACGAGAAGAGAAAGGCAAAAGCAAGAGUGAAGACAAAUAUUAAGAGUAAGGUAAACUGUCUUAAAACGAGAUUCGAACGCGAUCGAGUCAGCAUACUACAAUUCUUUCUUUAAUCGUAAUUCCCCCGAGGCGGAGAGCGAAACGCGAACGAGAGCUCGGUGCACCAAACCUAAUAACAUAAUAAAUACUUGGUACGGUUCCGUUUUCGGGGCGGCCCGAUUUCCCGCGUUAGAAUUAUUUGUUUAGCCCCGUGGCCCCGGAAUUAUUUGUUUCCGCGGCGUUUGUGAUGCAACAACGCAACGUUCCCGAACGCACGUUGCCCCUGUUUCCCAAAUAAAUCUAUUUAGCGGGGGAGAUAAAUCGCGAAAAACGCGACACGUCGCCCGGGGUAAUUCGUUUUUCGAACAAUUGUCGCGACAAAUUCCCAUUUCGCGGCCGAAACUUUAUCGGCCGGCCGAUUUUUCACUACCACCAAUCUCUCUUUCUUCUUUGACCACGAGUUUUUAUUCGAACUUUAUUGGUCUCUCGAUUUCGCCUCUCGUCCUCGAGAUUUCCUUUUCUUUCUUUCUUUCUUUCUUUCUUUCUCUAUUAUUAAUUAAGAGUAACGCGUUCUCUAAAUGCAACACCAUUUGUCGGAAGGUCCACGGUGAAUUAAGCGGAGAUAGAAAGGGCGGAACCGUGCCUCCUCGGUUACUUAUUAGCCUGUGCGCAACUCGUAAAUCGCGGUUAUAAAGAGUUAUGCGGAAUAUUACUUGAAAAAUACGGGCUUCGUUUAAUAACAUUAAAUGAGGAACUCGUUAUUGCAUCAUUUUCAUACUUCUCGAUUAUCAUUAUUCUCGAGCAAAUCGGAGAGUGAACAUCUAUCAGGUAUUAUCAAUUGUAAUUUUCCUUGUGAUUCCUGAUUUCUGAUAAAACAAAAAAAAAAAGGAGAAGAAGGAAAAAGUGACGAACGCGAAUUAAUUGCAAUUCUCAUACUUUCAUGCGUUAUAGAGAACGAUAUGGGGAUCUAACGAAUGCGUAAAAAUCGCCUAUUUCUUUUCGAUGUUAGAGUUUAAAUAUUUAGACUGUAAGUUCUUUUCAUAAUUCGAAAAUAAUAAUAAAAAAAAAAAUGGAGAAUGAAAAGUUGGAGAAUGUUCUUCGCUCGAGUGUUAAUAUUUACAGUAGAAGUUCUACUGUAUGCAUAUAAUUUCAAUUAAUCUUCCUCUUUAUCUCUCCCCAUCUUUCCACGAUUAUGUAAAUAUUUAACCGAAGCCAAAUGCAAGGUAAAUAAAUGCAAGCGGCAAAAGGAAGCUGAAACGCGCAACUGGGAUCUCAUCUCUACGUAAUGCAGACAUCAUCGAGGAGGGUGUAUAUAAUAGCGAUACCAGAAGAAUUAUUUUCCCUCUCUUUAUCCAUUAAUGGGCAAAUGUGUAAUCGUACUUUGCCUCUUGAAAAUGAAUUUCAAUCCUUCUCUUCAAAAAAAAAAAAAAAAACGGAAGGGAACGCGUUAAGCGAUAACCAACGAGUUUGAAACGAUCCCCGUAGAUAGUCGUUUUUGUGCGUUUCAAUUUCCUCUCGACACCUGAGUAAUAAUCCUGGAGGACCCUGUUUCGCGUUGAAUUAUUCGUACGAACAUGUGAAAAGUGAAAAAGGGAACGCAACGAAUCGACGGCUUAAUAAAUUCCACCGUUUGAUAAACGACGAGUGUUAAUUAAAGAAAAAAAGGAAAAUAAAUAUAAAGUGACUUUCCAAUUCAUUAAAGAAGCUUUCAGUCCUCGUGAUUUAUUUUUGUCAUGUGCGACGUUCCUUCCUUCCUUCCUUCCUUCCUUCUUUCCUUAUCUCUCAAUUAUUUGCAAUGCGGUUAAUUAAAGGAUCUGUAAGUGAUACUCAAAGAAAAAAAAGAAAUGAAAGUAGGGAGGAAAAGGAAAGAAGAUUUCAAGGGAAGAGAGAGAAAAAUUCUUUGCUUUUCUCACGUUUACACUCGAAUUGUGUUAUGCACGUUGCGAAUUGCGAAUAGUAGAACGAGUAUAUACAUAUAUAGUUUUUAUUUGAAAUCGCGAAAGUUUAAUAAAUUGUUAAACACAAAGAAUACAAUACGAUAAAAGUUAUUAUGUGAUACAAAAGGUAUUAAAAAUGCAGUUAAUUGGAGAUUUUCGAAUAUCGAAAUUACAAUAAACCCAGUAUUCCACACCCUCGAUAAUAGAUUUUAUUUCAUUUUUCAAUUGGCAAACCACUUGUGUACCACU